UGGCCGGUCCUGGAAGUUCCUGACACAGGUUGGUUUGACUGUGUCGGAGGAGGGUCUUUGAUUGCUGUUUUGUUAUUUCUCAGUUAAAGAAUGUCUCACCAGACUGGCAUUCAAGCAAAUGAUGAUCUCAAGGCCCUGUUUGCCAGAUCAAAAGAAGGCAGCAUAAGAACCAUUAAAGUGGAUAUUCAGGAUGAGCAGUUAAUAUGUUGUGAGAGCAAGGAGCCUGAAGGAGACUGGGAGAGUGAUUAUGAUAAAACUAUUCUGCCGCUGUUAGACGAGAAGGAUCCUUGCUACUUGUUUUAUCGCCUGGACACCAAAAAUAAUCAAGGCUAUGAAUGGCUGUUCAUCUCUUACUCUCCUGACUUUGCCAAGCCUCAGCGGAAGAUGUUGUUUGCUGGCACAAAAGCUACUCUAAAGAAAGAGUUUGGAGGAGGUCACAUAAGAGAUGAAAUUUUUGGUACUCAUCCGUCAGAUGUUUCUUUAAGUGGAUUUAAAAAACACAAAGUUUCUGAGAGUGCUCCUCCUCCUCUCACAGACCAAGAACUGGAAUUGGAAAUGGUCAAACAACAAGAGAUGCGGGCAGAUAUUAGUGUGGAUAGCAAACAGAGUCAUAUGACUGGUGUCCAGUUUCCCUUAACUGAUGAAGCUCUAGAAAAACUAGUUGAACUGAAGGAGAAAAAGCUAAGCCUCGUCCAAUUAGAACUUGAUAUACCAAGUGAAACAAUUGUACUUGUGGACACAAAAGACGACGUUGCUGCUAACGAUUUGUCAGGUCACGUCCCAGGCGACAGGGGACGUUUUGUUUUCUACCUUUUUAAGCAUACUUUUGAAGGAGACUUCUUAGAGUCCGUAGUUUUCGUGUAUUCAAUGCCGGGAUACAAAUGUUCCAUAAAAGAGCGUAUGUUGUAUUCCACAUGCAAGGGACCGUUACUGGAUGUAGCCACAGGCAACAACGUUGGACUUGAGAUAGGAAGAAAGAUUGAAACUUCAGACCCUUCAGAGUUGAACGAAGAGUUCCUUCAAGACCAACUCCACCCCCGCAAGGAUCUCAUCAGGCAAAAGUUUGCUAAGCCUCCCAAGGCAGCCGGAAGUCGUGGACCCAGGCGGAUCCAUAAUCCGCAGGGGGAGGGGGCUAGUGGGAAUUGACUUAAUAAUUAGAUUUUAUAGUAGUAUCACACGUUUGCUUGUAUUUUAUUUUUUUGAUAAGAAGAAAAAACCAUGUUUAAUUAGUAACAAAUUAGUUGCUCUCUACAGAGGGGCAAGAUUGUGCCAAAAUGGUUCAUGUCGUGUCCCAACGGAUAGCAACUCGCAUAGAAAGAAAAUUGUCUGUUUUCCAUCUCUCCAUCUAGACAAUUGUAAUUUUAUGAUAGUGUAUGUACAGUGUUUUUGUUCUCAUCUGAAUACAAUCACUCUUCGUUGAAUUAUUCUGCACCAAAAGUUCUGUAUGUGAAAGAAACUGGUAUAGACCGCGUGAUAUCGUUCUGGGUAAAAUUGACAGCAGUCAUCACUUAUGUGUUUACUAAGAUGUGUUACAAUUAAUCUUUAAAUUCUCACAUGAGCUAAUAGCGUUGUAAAAGUUUGUAAAACUGUGCUUCUAAACAUCUCAUAAAGCCAUUUACUGCGAGCAUCCCUUCCCUCUUGACUGCUAACUAUUUUUUUGUCUUACUCUUUUUUCUUUUUAUUCCCCGUGAUUUUGUUCGUCUUUUUUGUGGUACAGCAUUGCUACUUUGAAAUGGUUUAAUAUUCGUAUUUUAUUGAAGGCACAUGUACGUUUUGCUAAAAAUUCAAAAGCGCUCGUUGCAACGCGUUGCAAAUUGUUAUGACUUAUUAGUAAGAUCCUUUUGGAAAUAAAACCAGCUAUGACGAGUCAAGGUUUAAUAGCAAA